UGUUUUUGUUUCUACUUAGCCAAACUAUAUCAUGAAUGAUAAUGAAGUUGAAGCUUUUUGACGGUUUUUGUUUUCUGCUUCUCUAACCCAGCAUGCAUUUGUGAAUAAUGUGUCAACCUCCGUUGAAGGCGUAGAAGAAGAAACAUAGCGGAAAGAAACACUAGCUCAAAUAUCUAGUGCCUUAUUUUCUUUCUUUCUGUGCUCAGACGUGUACACAAGAUCAGAACCGGUCCUUAUUCUAGUGAACCAUUAUGGGUGGUGUGGUGGGGUGCAGAGGUAUUUUGGAGAUGCUCCCUCUGCAUUAACAGUCCAUUCUGGACAGCUGGUCCUGGAAGUCCCGGAUGGCGUGCCCAGUUCAGUUCCUCUUCAGAGGUCUUUGCACUAUUGGACUGGUCCUCCUCUACUAUGUCUUCUCUAUAGGCAUCACAUUCUAUAACAAAUGGCUAAUGAAGGGCUUCCAUUAUCCUCUGUUCAUGACACUGGUUCAUCUCGUCAUCAUCUUCUGUCUAUCUUCUGUGACACGAUGGGCCGUGCAGUGCUGGACAGGCAAACCUCGCGUCAUCCUGAGCUGGAGAGACUACAUCUUUAAGGUGGCUCCAACAGCCUUAGCAACAGCACUGGAUAUUGGCCUUUCCAACUGGAGCUUCCUCUUCAUCACCAUCAGUCUGUACACCAUGACCAAAUCCUCAGUCGUGCUUUUCAUCCUCUUUUUUUCACUACUGUUCAAGCUAGAGGAGCCGAACCCCUUCCUGGUCCUUGUGGUCCUGCUGAUCUCCAGCGGUCUCUUUAUGUUUACAUUCCAGUCAACCCAGUUCAACUUUGAAGGUUUUGUUAUGGUUCUGCUGGCGUCUUUUAUCGCAGGGAUCCGCUGGACUCUCACUCAGGUCCUCAUGCAGAAAGCAGAGCUGGGCCUCCAGAACCCGAUAGAUGCCAUGUACCACCUACAGCCUCUCAUGUUCCUGGGCCUCUUUCCCCUCUUCCUGUAUAACGAAGCGGUCAGCCUGAGCACCUCUGAGAAGUUAUUCCGGGUAACGGAGCUCUCUCCUCUCCUGAACUCCGUUCUCGUUCUCAGUGUUGGUGGGACUCUGGCCUUCGGUUUGGGCUUUUCUGAGUUUCUGCUCGUCUCCAGGACCUCCAGCCUCACUUUGUCCAUAUCAGGCAUAGUGAAGGAGGUGUGUACGAUGCUUCUGGCCGCGUCUCUGGGAGAUAAAAUGACCACCCUGAACUGGCUGGGGUUUGCUGUGUGUCUGUGUGGCGUCUCUCUGCAUGUGACACUCAAGAUUAUUUAUUCCAAAAGUAAAGUCCCGUCGGUACGACAGCUCACCAGUAAAGGCUCGGAGCUGGAGAUGCCGCUGCUGCUGCAGAACGACGACAAAUACGAGGACUCUGCUGCCGAUGAAGAUGAGGAGCAAGAGAUCUCUUUACACUGACGCAGCAGGACCUGAGAACACCUCAUUCCUUUGUUCAUCCAUCUGGAUGCGAACAAAGCCUCCAAACCGCCACACAAACAGGACGUCGUUAGCUUUAUUACUUCAUGUGCUCAGGUCUGACGCCUGUCAGCUCAGCCGCAUGGUCAUGUGAUGCUCGAGUGUCGGGAGAUGACGAGUAGCGAAAGCGUGAAGGUGUCCUCAGCAGAGAGAAACGCGGUGUUGCAGCCUCGUUCUCUGCCUGUUAAUGACAUGAAAGUAUCUCCACGCGUUUGGAAACCGGAGCUUUGUGCAGAUUAGUCUUGGUGCUUCUUGUUCUGGAGGAGGCAUCGGAGUACGGCUGAGGUGCUCCAGUUCCUCACGUUCUUGCUUUUACAGCAGAUUCGGCUGUUUCAGCCACCCUUCGAUGUGCAGGUUGAUUUAGUGAUCAUUAAACCAAUCGUGAUUUCCCGAAGCCUUAAGGUUAGUUUUAAAUAAUAAAGCAGAAACUGGAGAGUGUUGGCAUGAAGAGACUGCUUCGUGUGUUGACGGUUUUUAAAAAGUCACGUUUUAAAUUCUGAUUUUCGUGGAGUUAAACGUCGGUGGAGUCCAGCCUUUUCAGUCUAAUCUGAACACAUUUAAUUACCUUAAUGUGCCUUGUUAUUAAAAUGCUCGACAGAACUUUAAAUAACUAUUUUAUGAUGAGUUUAGUAAUGUAUACGAAGUUUUAAAUGUUAUGAUAUUGAUGUGGUUAAAGGUGGUGAUUGACUUUCUUGAUGUAAGGAUUAAUAACAACCAACAUUAUUUUUCCACAACAACAAUAAGUAAAUAAAUAAGCAAUAAAAAUACUAA